UAUAGUGUACUGCCCUUCUUUCCGAAGCCAUUUGGGUUGAGACCACAUGCGGUCAUAAUUUUACACUCAUCAUGUCUACGGCACCCUUCUGUCUUAAUGUAUUCAUGACCCGUUUGUUAGGAGCCCUGGUGCUGGUAGCGCCAUCGCUUAUGUUUGCUGUAUCCCUGAAGACUCAGUUGCAAGAUCAUCCAGACCCUUGGGCCAGAAGGUGCGAGGAGAAAUCGGCCGCGAGCCGGAGGGAUGAGCUAGAUUACGGACCUUGCUUCGAUGAGGAGGAGGUGGAGACGGCUAUGCGCACUAGUUUUUUCAUUGGCCGAACCGCCGUUCCCGCUUCAGAUUUUGCAAUACAUGGGCAGCCGCCACAUUCGAACUUUGGUGUCAAUUUUUCUGCCACUGCACCGAAUUCCCCGAAGUCUACCCCCAGCGCUUCUGAUUCGAAACAGAAAGCUCCUACAUCGAUAUUCACUGAGGUCGACAUGCUAUGCGACACCGUUCCAAGACCAUUGUCCGAUAGCGACGAACGACUGGGCGCUGGCAACCCAGUUUGCCGGUACGAGCCGUCUGAGGUGGUGUUGCAGCAUUACAGUGAGAACCCAGAAGACAUUGCGAUCGUCAUCCCGAGCAACUACCAGAAAGACAGCAAUGUGUCCGACAACCCUGGCGACCAUGACCCUCUUUUUCUUGGCGUACUUGCUUGGAAAAUGUAUGCCAGGUUUCAUGGGUAUGGUUUUUACAGUGGCCCGCCUGAGAACAGCUGCCCCGAGCUGAAGGAGCAGCAUCCAGCGUGGACAAAGCCGUGCAUGGCCAUGGACUUGAUCAAGAAGCAUGAAUAUUUGAUCAUUGUGGACAGGGACACCACAGUAAUCAAGCCCCGGCUGCGCUUGGAGCCCCUUUUCAACGUGGCUGGCCUGAUGGACAAAGGGGGCAAAAAGAUCUUAGCCGUUGCUGAAGAGUGGGGUUCUUGCAAGAAGGGCGUCCGCUCUCCGCUGAGCGGCGACGUGAACACUGGUAUAGUACUCUUGAGACGGUCUCCGGCCACGACAGAGGCCCUGGCUAGUUGGUUCUACGGCCCCACUUGGUGCAAGAACGUUGCCACGGCACCAGUGCAGAGACCUGUGUGGUGGCCUUUUCACACAGAACCUUGCCAAGGGUGCAGCUGCAUCACGCAGGGGGUCGACAAUUGGUCGUACGACCAGGUUGGUUUCUAUGCCAGCGUAGCAAACAAUGAGUCUUUCAGAAGCAUGGUCACUGCUUUCCGUUCGGGCUGCCCCAUCAAUAGCCCUUUUGCAGAUUUCAUUCCCCACCUGCUAUCAGGAACUCCGACUAAGGCGACCUACGACGUCAACCACCGCGCAGUCGUCUCCAAAAAUUUGCACGCAUGCAUCAGCGAUUUGCUGAAUACAGGGCAGGGCAAAGGUAAUCCUUACGCGCGUUGCUCCAUCUGUGACGCCUUGCCUGAGCUAUCAUGGUCUGGCAGCGGAUCAUGGUCCUUGUCAUGCCGCAGUCAUUCCCCCGUACCUAGUUCACGCGUGAGUAAUCGGGGCAGCUUUGGUGAGGACUGUUCAGUCCCACCUUAUUGUGCUUCGAUGGCUUCCUGAGCUUGGCCGAAUCGAAGCGUAGGGCAGGGUACUCUGCUCGAGAUCAGUCAUAGCACAGCUCGAGGCCGGUUCGAACCUCGUUGCGUAAUAGACUCCAGCCGAAAUUGUCGGUUCUAUGAUCAGUUCAAAGAGG